UUUUUCAGUGCACUGGCCUUUCACUUUCACCCAAUCAUGAAGACAUUUUUGAACCCAAAACCUAGCCUGAAAUUGCGUGUCCAAUUUUUCUCUUCUCCAAUCGAAACUCCAAAGGACUAAACUGACCCUCUGUUCAGACUGAGCCAAGGAAAAGCUGCAUAUAAGACCAAAACUAUGUAACAGUCUCACUAAUAUUUAUUCUCUUCGAGUUUCAUCCCAGAUCGCCAUUCCUCUCUCUCUCUCUCUCUCUCUCUCUCUCUCUCUCUCUCUCUCUCGCAAGAAGCCAUAUAUGAAUAUCAGCUCUCUUAAACGGUACUCUCCAUCAUCUUCUUUGGACAAUGAAGAUUGCCCCUCACAACCAUCUCAUAUGAGGGUUUCUAGGCCACGAAUGGACUACAAGCUGCCAGAGAGAGGCUUGAAGUCCCCUGCAGUUAGGCCUUAUGUUCGAUCAAAAAUGCCUCGGCUUCGGUGGACGCCUGAUCUUCAUCACUGCUUCGUGCAUGCCGUUCAACGGCUUGGAGGAGAAGACAGAGCUACUCCAAAGAUGGUUUUACAACUAAUGAAUGUGAAGGGCCUUACCAUAUCUCACGUAAAGAGCCAUCUUCAGAUGUAUAGGAGUAUGAAGCAUGAGCAGAUGAUUCGAGAAGCAGCUAUGGCAGCUAUGGCAGCAAAGAAGAAUGAUAAGGCACAGGGCAUUCUACAUUCAAAUUAUAGCUUCUUAUGCUUGAAACAGAGAUAUUUCCAACAGAGUGAAAAGUACGCGGCCGUAUGGAUGCAUAACAACUCAUUCCAGCGCAGAAACAGUGGGACUCAUUGCAAUAAAGAUCUUACUCCCAAUAAUACAGGCAGGCCAGCCCAAUGGGUGGGGAAGCAAGAGAUGCGGAUUGGAAGGAAAAUGACCGUGCCAUCACCUAUAUCCCAAGAAAUAACAAGCAAAGCAUGGGAGCAGAAACCAAAUUCAUACAUCAUCUUCAAAGAUCUUCUCGAGAGCUGCGCCACUCGAGGGACAAAUGAGCAAAAAAGAGUACUCUUCCAAGGUACUGCUGCCGGUUGCCAGAGCAAUGAUCGAACAAGAGAAACACCCACAGAGAAUAUAGAGAGAGUGGAUGAUUAUAAAAUGUCUUUAUCAAUGAACUCAAUAGGGUCGGCCAGGUCAUUGUUGAAGCUCCACAAAAGUGCAGAUCAUGUCAAUGAUGUUUCUCUUGAGCUCACUCUUGCUUGAAAUUAAAUAAGCACAAACGAUAUAUAUAUAUAUAUAGACGGUUUCGGGACCUUAAAAAUUGUCUCGACCAUCUUU